CGCGGAUCAGUGUGGGUCUGAACCUCGUAGUGUAGGGGAGUCUCCAUCACGUUUCGCUCGUCGGCUCUUUAAUUAUUUUUUUUUUAAUAGACAAACGAGAACAAGAGGUUGGAUAUAUUGUAUCAGAUGACACGCAGGUUUAAUGUUCGUAUGUUCUUGAGAAUAACUAGAUAGAAUAAGCGAGUCGAGGUGUUACAGAAUCGCCUUUUUUUAAAUCUUUACAGGAAAGACUAACAUGUUAAUCCAUAUGACGAUGUAUAACCCCAUUUUUUUUUAAGACUGGAGGCGUAGAUAGACCAUCAGUGCUUAUACCAUCGUACAUGUGAAAAGAAACGAUGGUAGUGACAAGAUAAUGGUGAUAAACAUACAACAAGUGGUGAGAUUGGCGCUGUACCCGCGCCGCUAGAAGAGAGGAGCCGAGACGUCGCCUUCGCCUUCCUCAAGAUGCAGCGGCGAAACCGUAGCCGCGUCUCGCCGGACGAGGAAGGCUUCCCGGCAUCUCCUCUGGGCUCCUCAUUCCCCUCACUCCCCUCGAGGGACGGCGAGAGCGGGGAGAUCCUCGGGGACAAAGUCGUGGCCCUGAGAAGGGCUCCCGAGGAAUCUCCCCGGCGCCUGCGCCUCCGGCCGGGCGUGCCCCGGGAGAGGAACCAGCCCGGCCACUAUUCUCUGCUGAAGCAGCACCAGCAGUUCAGCGGCUUCAGGAUUCGGGACGCCUUGGCUCAGCAGGGAGGACUCAGGCUGAGGAAGGGCAGCAUGACCUACAGCAGGAGGCCUGUGCCUAUGCUGCAGCCUGAGUACCAGAUGUGUGUUCAGAUGGAGGGCGGCGUGCCCGUCCGCCAAACGGCCUUCCCGAAGGUGCCUCGCCAGUGGCACGAAGAGUGGGACCAAGUGCGCUUUCGGCCGCCCUUCCGCGUCCCUCGGGAGAGCCUGCCGGGGUCUCAGCGAGCGCUGCCAAGUAGGAAACGCGACCGAGUGCACGUGAGCAUCUGGGAGGAAUUUCUUCUGGGAACCAAAGUCUUCAAGAAGAAUGGCAAAUGCAUUAUAAACGAACAGAAUAUGAUCAUAAGUUCAAUCAAGCAAUUCCUGAGACGAUUCUUAUCGCGGAAGAUAUCAGAUGUGGUCAUGAUCUUCAUAUAUUUCCUUAGUGUCGUCCUGCCUUGCGUAACAUACAAUAACUACUUGGAAUUUAUAGGUUAUAUUUUACUUCAUGGUCACUUGAAACUGCACGAAUCUGCUUAUAGCAACAAUAUCGACUUGGAUUUCACAGGAAGUGUAUUCCAAGGCCCUGGGUACAUUUGUGUAAGGUCUUGGUGUAAGCACUGCACACUUAAGGAUGAUAUUAAAGUGUUUAACUCACUCAUGAAGAAAAUGAAAGCGGAUAUCCUGACAGCGAAAGGAGCGUGACCCUGUUAUAUUUAAUAUCAGAGAUAGUAUGUUGGGGUAUAGAGUAGAGGCUUGAGAUAUGUGAUUAUAUAGAGGGAGAGAGGGACAGAGACAGAGAUGCAUCUGUGUGUAUGAUUAAAGUUCAACAUAUAUAUUUUUUUUUUAUUAAUUCGUGAAUUUAUUGUCAAUAUGUCUUCGGACAAUCAGCACACUGAUCAAAGCUCUUAUGUAAGUGCGCGAAGUAAUUUUAAUCUCUUCAUCAGUAUAAACAUUUAUUUUAUUGAUGAUGUUGUAUUAAUAUGAAACCGUCUGUGUGAAUGUUUGCAUAUUUAUAAACAUGUUUAUAAAAGGAGAAAAUUAUAUGUGGAAAGUAAGAGAGGUGGACAUAUUAUGAAGAAAAUGGAGGAAGAUUUUGAGUUUGUCGCCUUUCUUUAUAUUUGCUCAGAAGCCACGCCCCCUUUCUUUAGCUAAGAAGUAGAUUAGUAAAUGUAAAGUGGAAACGGGAAUCAUUUACGGGUUAAUGUGAAACAAGUUGCCAGGAGUAUAUGUAUAAAUAAAAAAGAUCUUUG